AUGCCAAAAGCUAACGCUAUUGGAAUCGAUUUGGGGACGACGUACUCGUGUGUCGGCGUGUUCAGGCAUGGAAAAGUCGAGAUUAUUGCAAAUGAUCAAGGCAAUCGAACCACCCCCUCCUAUGUGGCGUUCACGGACACCGAGAGGUUGAUCGGCGAUGCGGCUAAAAAUCAAGUGGCCAUGAAUCCACACAACACGAUUUUUGAUGCCAAACGACUGAUCGGCCGUAAAUACGACGAGCAAGCUGUCCAAUCCGACAUGAAACACUGGCCAUUCAAGGUGAUCAACGCUGAGGGAAACAAACCGAAAUUGCAAGUGGAAUACAAAGGAGAGAACAAGACAUUCACCCCUGAAGAGAUCUCAUCGAUGGUGUUGAUCAAAAUGAAGGAGACAGCCGAAGCCUUUUUGGGUGAACCAGUGAAAGACGCCGUGAUCACAGUACCCGCCUAUUUCAACGACUCCCAACGACAGGCCACAAAAGAUGCUGGGGCUAUUGCUGGGUUGAACGUUCUCCGAAUCGUCAAUGAACCCACGGCUGCUGCUAUUGCCUAUGGAUUGGACAAGAAGGGGCAAACCGAGAAGAAUGUCCUUAUUUUUGAUUUAGGAGGUGGUACCUUCGAUGUCUCUGUUUUGGUCAUCGACAACGGACUCUUCGAAGUGAAAUCAACAGCCGGUGACACUCAUUUGGGUGGAGAAGAUUUCGACAACAGAAUGGUCAACCAUUUCGUCGCCGAAUUCCAGAGAAAGCACAAAAAAGAUCUCUCGUCGAAUCCCCGUGCUUUGAGGAGAUUGAGAACGGCUUGUGAGAGGGCAAAGAGGACGCUUUCCUCGUCGUCACAGGCCUCGAUCGAGAUUGAUUCACUCUUCGAGGGCAUCGACUUCUACACGAAUAUCACAAGGGCUCGAUUCGAGGAGCUUUGUGCUGAUCUCUUCAGAUCGACGAUGGACCCGGUGGAGAAAGCGCUACGUGAUGCUAACAUGGACAAGUCAAAGAUCCACGAAAUCGUGCUUGUUGGUGGAUCGACUCGGAUCCCGAAAGUGCAAAAGUUGUUGUCGGAUUUCUUCUCGGGCAAGGAAUUGAACAGAUCGAUCAACCCCGAUGAAGCUGUUGCCUAUGGAGCCGCUGUACAGGCAGCCAUCCUCUCUGGAGACAAAUCCGAGACAGUCCAAAGCCUUCUUCUCGUCGAUGUCACUCCACUCUCGUUGGGAAUCGAGACAGCUGGUGGGGUGAUGACCUCGUUGAUCAAAAGAAACACGACGAUUCCCACGAAAACAUCACAAAUCUUCACCACCUAUGCCGACAAUCAACCCGGUGUCCUCAUUCAGGUCUAUGAGGGUGAACGAGCGAUGACGAGAGACAACAACUUGUUGGGCAAAUUCGAGCUCUCCGGCAUUCCGCCAGCCCCACGUGGAGUGCCCCAAAUCGAGGUGUCCUUCGAUGUGGAUGCAAAUGGAAUUCUCAACGUAUCGGCACAGGAUAAAUCAACCGGAAAAUCGAACAAGAUUACCAUCACGAAUGAUAAGGGACGAUUGAGUAAGGAUGAUAUCGAUCGAAUGGUGAACGAUGCCGAGAAAUAUCGAGCCGACGACGAGAAGCAGAGAGAUCGAGUCGCGGCCAAAAAUGGAUUGGAAUCAUACGCUUUCAACAUGAAACAAACGAUCGAAGAUGAACAACUGAAGAGCAAAUUGUCCAACGAGGACCGGCAAAAGAUCGAGUCGAAAUGUGGAGAAGUGCUUCGUUGGUUGGACUCGAAUCAGACGGCCGAGAAGGAUGAAUUCGAGCAUAUGCAGAAAGAGCUGGAACAAGUCUGCAAUCCGAUCAUCACACGAUUGUAUCAGGGAGCCGGUGGUGCUGGUGGAAUGCCUGGUGGAAUGCCUGGUGGAGGACCAGGAGGUCCACGUGGAGGUGCUGGUCAAUCAGGACAAGGACCCACAAUCGAAGAGGUCGAC